AUGAUAUUACAGUGUUCUGUCUGUUACCUACCCUUCAUUCACAACAGCUCUCCUCCAAGGAAGAAAAAACACCAUGCGGACCAUGCCGCCUUACACGACGAGCUCCCUCCACACUACUUCUUUUCGCCCGACCACGAUGCCCUCUCCGAUGACCUCACCCAGCUUAGCAUCUUUCUUACAGGCCCACAGGGCACACCCUACGCGCAGGGCCUGUGGCGGCUUCACCUGAAGAUGCCGGAGGAUUACCCGAAAAGCCCGCCCAAGGCCGCCUUCCGAACCCGCAUAUGGCAUCCGAACGUCGAGGAGUUGACAGGCGCGGUCUGCGUCGAUACCCUGAAGCGAGACUGGACGUCUAGCUUGACCCUCCGAGAUGUGUUGAUCACAAUCUCCUGUCUUCUCAUCCAUCCUAACCCCGAUUCGGCUCUCAACUCGACAGCCGGCGCAAUGCUCCAGGAGGACUACGACGCAUUCGCCCGUCAAGCUAAGCUCAUGACAUCGAUCCACGCUCCGAUCCCGCCAGCCAUGAAAGACGCCACCCUCGAAGCCAAGCUCAGAGGCGAGGAUGCCGGCACUGUCCUCCACGAGCAAAGGGAAGAAUGCCACCCGAUCCGAACUCGCACAGGGACCCGUGUCCACUCGUUAACGAUGAAGAAGAAGCCGUCGUCGUCGUCGUCGUCGUCUUCUCGCAGCGGCGUUGUCCAAGAACCGGACAACCUCACCGAUGAACCCGAUGACCUGGCCGUUGCGUCCAAGGAGAACGAUCCCUCCUUAUCGCCCACCCCGGUCAGACUGGCACCACCAAGCCCUAGGAAGAACGCCCACGGGAAACGCCCGCUCUCUGUGCUCAGUAUCCCCCUCGACUCCGUCCCUACCUCGCCGGAAGGAGAUGAAGAUACCAUGACGGCUUCGGAGAAGAACAUCGCUGCCAAUGACCUACCCCCCUUCUCGUCUUCAACAGAGCGCGACUACUCGCCUCAACGCAAAUCGCCGAAGCUCUCCAUGCUGAACACAAGUGUCAACACCUCUCAUUCUUCCAUCACUAUCACUAAUUCCACGUCAUCCUCAUCCUCAUCUUCAUCCUCAGGCCAGAUCUGGCACGAUCUCCACAUCUACGAGGACUGCACCGAUACAUCCACUGACCCCCGCCGCCAAAGCAGCGGCGAGGGCAAGGAAAACCACAACACAAAGGAAUCUCCUUCCUCACAAUUACCCCCGAUCAAUCACAGCCCGGACGCCCCUAACCAAAUCCACCCUCCCACCUUGCCCGCCCCGUCAUCGCUCUCCGCACCCUCCUCCGCCUUGAUGGUCCCCAAAUCCGUCCCCACGGGUUCCCGUAAGGUCUCGUCUUCCAAGACAAAGCCUCGCAUCGGUCUACGCCGACUUUAG